AUGGUCAUCACCAACGGAGAACCCGAAAUGUACAGUAAUCCCAUCUAUCCACUGGACGCAUCUGCCACAUGGGAAGAGUGCAUUCAGUACUGCUAUAAUUUGGCAACCUGUGUGGCGGUCUACGACAACAAUUGUGAACUAUUUGAGGCCGGAAAUCUGGAGACGAUAACGAAGAACUUGGAAAAACGAGUGGCUUUCAAAAUCGAUUCCACGGGAACUUGUCCAACGGAUAGUGCUGAAAAUUUAGAGGGAUACUCACCCACCAACACUAGUUAUCAAGACUACAGUAUCUCAUUUUCGGCCCCAACAUGGACAUUUUCGUAUGGAGAUGAGCUAACAUGUCCCCAGAAUUUCACACUGUUUGUAAGAGAAAAAGGACCCUGGUGUAUGCAGGUCAUCGAACACUACGCGUGUGCGAAUCGUACUGUAGCUGAAAUCAUGUGCAAUGUAAACUACUCAUCGUCAAUUUUAAGUGGCCUGGAGAAUCAAGCAGAAUUUGAUUAUGUUUCUGCCCUUGCCAUUCCAAUAUACAAUACUGUCAACACUGGACCAGUCAACAACGUUCAGUACAGUUACACAGGAAUCUGGGUUGAUGGCCUAAAAACCCAAGCAUGCACAAAUAUCACAACUAGUCCGUGUGACACUAUUUCUGCAUUCGAAUUCUCGGACCCCACCCUUUCCACACCGGAACUUGGAUACCAGUGGCUUUCAGGAAAUCCAGAUGGUUCACUAGCUCCAGCUAAUGAAAUCGUCCUACGUGUCAAUAGUGCGACGUCUUAUGGAAUGGAUGAUACUGCAAACACCGCAAUUACAACAUCAGGUGGAUGCUAUCUGGGAUACGUCUGUGGAACCGAGCCAUCAUAA